GUCACAGUGAGAGAGAGAGUGCCGCGGGGAGAGUUGCCUCUCGCAGGAGUCGACGGUCACUCACCGAUACAGCGCAGUUGGGUCGAAUUCACGACCACGGACGAGCUGGGUCCUCCUCGCACACAUUGCAUGCAACCACGGACGAGCUGGGUUCUCCUCGCACACAUUGCAUGCAACCAUGGAGCGGAAGACGAUGCACCCUCGGAACAAGUACGCCGAGAAGCCGCCCGAUUUCACUCUUCUGGCUGGAUUGUACCCGCAGUUCAGCGAGUACGUGACGUAUGGUGCUAAUCAGAAAGCGCGCAUCGACUGGACGGAUUUCAAUGCCACCCGGGAGCUCACGCGGACGCUUCUUUAUCACGACUACGGGAUUACUUGGUGGAUUCCAGAUGGGCAGCUGUGUCCUGCUGUUACGAACCGUGCAAAUUACAUCCAUUGGAUUGAAGAUUUGCUUGCCUUGUCUCCUGCGCCGUGGCUUAGUUCUGGUGAUCACCUGGUGACAGGCCUUGACAUAGGCACGGGGGCAAAUUGCAUAUACCCAUUACUUGGCACUUCUUUACAUGGCUGGAGGUUUGUUGGUACAGACAUUACACCCGUUGCUUUGGAGUGGGCUCGGUGGAAUGCUGAUUCAAAUCCUCACGUGUCGGCGCUAAUUGAGAUCCGAAGUGCGAUUCGGGAACCUGUUACGACUUUGGAUGGCAAUGACCAAAGUAUAUGUGGUAACGUUGUAAUUGGUCCUCCUCUCCCACCUUCAAUGCAAGGGUCAGUGAUCGAAGUGGAUCCACAAGAUCCACAACUCUUGCCAAAGGAGUUGGUUACUGAUUCUUCUGACGUAGAUCCUGAAGGACCUCUCAAAGUUGUCACUGAUGAGAUCGUACAGAGUUGUGAAGGUUGCCUAGACAGAGGCUUACCAUCGGAACCGACAAUUUCAUCGACGCCCUGCAAUGAGCCUGAGUAUCCUGAGCCACCAACCAAUGCACCUGGAAAUGCUCCAUCUGAGACGGGUCCUGAGAGUUGCGCAAAUGUGCUUGUAGGGGUGGUGAGUGAGGAGGAAAGGUUUGAUUUUUGUAUGUGCAACCCACCUUUCUUCUCAAGCUUGGAAGAGGCUGGCGUGAAUCCUCGUACGUCGUGUGGAGGAACAGAGGCAGAAAUGGUGUGCCCAGGGGGAGAGGAAGCAUUUGUGGCGCGGAUCAUAGAAGACAGUGCCCAGUUGAAGCAUGUCAUUCAGUGCGUAUCAUUCUGCUGGUUUACCACGAUGGUGGGCCGUAAAGCGACUCUGAAGGGGUUGACAGCUAGGCUUUGGGCGCUAGGAGCAGCAGCCGUUCGCACCACGGAGUUUGUUCAGGGCCGCACCUCACGGUGGGGUCUCGCGUGGUCUUUCGCCUCGCCUCCUAAAGCUGUACAGAAGAACUCCACUGUGAGUAAGAGUAACCACUCUUUCAUGCUGGAGGGCCUAGGCCGAGGAUGCAGUUCGGUAGAUGUGCUGCACGUUAUAGCGUUACAGCUGCAAUCUCUUGGAUCUCUGUGCACCGUCAGCGAAUCCGACUUCUCUAUCUCUGGAAUCCUUCCAGGUAUUGAUUGUGGGCCUCGUGAUGAUGUUCUCGGAAAGAGGAAGAGGGAAAUAACAGAAAAAGAAUGUCUUCAAGCUGCGACUUCCUCAAAUGAUCCAGAAGAAGAUAAAAGUCGUUUGUUUAAGGUCUGGGUUUUUCAACAAGCACCUGGAUCUCUACUUGUGAAGGCCUUAUUGAGCAAGGGUAGUGAUCAUGGGGCUACCUUUGCAGGCUUGUUAGAACGAGUGGAGCAGUUCCUGAAGCAAAAAUACUUAUCCAGAUCACAAUAGUAGGAUUUUUUUCAUCUUAAUUCCAUUCAAAUUGUUCAACACCUGAUGGCAUUUGUAAAUAGAACCGUACAUUUACAAUGGUUCUUAGUGCUUCUGAAAACACCAAAGAACAGUUGACCAUUUUCGCAUAAGGUUCGACUUCUAUUUCAACCUAUUGAGAAUUGAAGGGUUGUAGACCGUUCUCUUUACAGAGUUUAUCAGCGUGGCAAGGUGAUAAAAUACCUGAAGUUUCAAUCAGAACUUAUUUUGUACAACUGAUCUACCUUCCGAACACUGUAAAAGUUAUUCGAUGUGAAAGUACAUGUUUCGAGUUUUGAGUGCAA